UAGCUAACAUCACAACAACAGCAUGUCUUGGUGAACUACUAAAGUAAUCAGAUUUUUUUUUUUUUUACCUUAAUUUUACCAGGCAAGUCUAUUAAAAACAGAUUCUUAUUCACAAUAAUGGCCUGACAGGAGACAAAGGCCUCCUGUAGGGAAUGUGUACUGGGAUUAAAUAAAUACCUUAAAACCAGGCAGAAACAUGAUAACAGACUCUCCAGCUACUAUAGCUAACAUCACAACAGUCUACACACCUUCAGUAAUGUAACCAGUACAGAGAUAACAAUAUAACCAGGGCACAACAGUUAAAGGGAAUGAUGAAGACAGCAGCAGGGCGACAUGAAAAAAACCUUGUCUAAGAUAACGUGAAGGAGUUAAAUUAGUCUGUAAAUAAGUUGGUGAUUAUGCCUUAAGAAGUAUGUCAGUAGGCAAGUCAUUUAACGUUACCUGACACACAAAUUGUGGCUAGAAUGGCUGGAAUAGUGUGGCGCGGUCCGAGACAGUUUGUUUCCCAUUUACAGGGCCAGAAAAAAAACUUAUUAUCAUCCCAGUGCGCACACAGAACGGACAGGUAGUGGACUGUGAGGAGAUAUUUGCUGAAUUUGACAAAAAGACAUGUAUUGGAUGAGAAUCGCCAACCUCAACUUUAAGGUAAUAAUGACAGUCUGCAUGUGUGUCAAUAAGGAAGAUCAUCUUUUUUUAAUACAGUUACAAAAGCACAAUGACUAUUAUCAUCAAACCAUUGACACUUAAACCACAACUCAUCAUGUAAUUUCGUCUACGAGACCGAACAAAAUGAACCUUUCUGGUCAACACAUCACAUUUCCUGUGUCCUAGAUACACGUGUGUGCAUAAUGCAUGGGGAACGACGAAUGCAGCUAUGCACAUUUGUAAAUAAUACAUCUGCUGUUGGUGAAAACCUUGUAUUUCCUCAAUGUCACUGACAAAAACGUAUUUUGUUUCACCUUCAAAUAUACUUUUAUAUAGUUUAUACCUGAAUUCAAGUUAGUUUUAUGCUAGUGGGGUUCUUCAGUUAACAGUAACAGAAAUGUUUUGGUGUGCAUCUGUGUUAGUGGUGUGUCCUGUCUUCACUUCCUGUGGUGAAGGCUGCCCAAAAUAAAGAUAAAGAGGUAGACAGUGAAACGGUUCAGCAAAAUUUUCAGUUUUUCAAAAAUGGAUGUUAAGUAUUCUUGCUGCACCAGAUUCAAGCUUAAAUGUGAGAUAUACCAGAAGAGUUCAAGACAACAGAGUUGCCAGAGAGGAGAAUCAGGUGGAGAUCUUAGAAGAUGAAGAGCAUCUCUCUGAUCCAAAACCACAGACUCUGAAGAAUCUGUCUCACUGCAGCGACUCUGGGAGUGAUUUAUCUCUUGAUAUUGGCUGGAGUCUUCAUAUACUGUGAGAAAUUAAGAUUUUAAUCCACAUUAUUAUAACUUGAGUACCUAUCUGUUUAUUUUGCAACGUCAUGUUUUAAGCAUUUUUCUCUCUGAGAUAACAUAAUGGGUGCAUGUUCAUGUAUUUUACAAAGACGUCAUGUUACUUUCUUCAGUAUUUUUUAUCCAAGAGACUUUUUUGAAAAAACACUAAAACUAGUUAACACAGGUUCAUACACCUGCCGCUCUAUGCAGAUGAGGAAGAGAAACAGAAUUAGAAAGACAUCCAAGACAGCGAAUAGCACUGUGGCUUCACAGCAAGAAGGUUGCGGGUUCAAAAUCCUGUUGUCCCGGCCUUUCUGUGCGGAGUUUGCAUGUUCUCCCCGUGUCUGAGUGGGUUUCCUCCGGGUGUUCCGGUUCCCCCCACCAUCAAAAACAUGUUGUUAGGUUUUCCAGUCAGUGCCAGAAUGAAUUUCUCAACAUGUACGAUACAGUAUCUUCUUCACUCUCUCUGGGCUUUGAUCAUUAAUGGCAGUGUAGCUCACUUUAUAUAGUUCCAGCGGAGGCUGAUAAUCAAAUGACAGUUUAUAGACAGCACUAUCCAGAUGCCAGUGAUUCAGCAAACAGAUUUCAUCCUCGUAGGACGUCGGGGACAGCAGUUUCUUGAAAUGCUGGUGUUGAGAAAAUGAGAACAAAGUGUGUGAAUUCUCACUUUAAUUGAGCAUUACUUGCUGCAGCCAGCUCAGAGUCAAACUGCUGCUCUGAUUAUUGUAUAUAUGUAUGAUGAUAGUCAGUCUGCAGAUGGGACUCAACUUUUAAACAGCGGCAGAUCAUUCCUUAUUUAUUGCUUCAUAGGCAUGAAUUGUUUGGAAAUGAAGAAUGAUUUGGUGUUGUUGGUGUGUUUCUUAUGUUGUUGUGCUUCUCACCAGAUAUUUCAGUCACUUUGGAAAAAGACCAGCUGCAGACCAGAUACGACAAACUGUACAACAACUACAGCGAGCUGCAGGGACAAAUUUCAGGGAAGUGUCCUGAAGGAUGGAAGAGAUUUGGAUCCAGCGGUUACUUUAAAUUCAACGAGAAGAAAACUGAGAGCAGAGAUGACUGUCAAAGGAAAGGAGCAGAUCUGGUGAUCAUAAACAACAAAGAGGAACAGAAAUUUGUCAUUGAGCUGAUGAAGAGCAUGAAGUAUGGAGACUCCUGGAUCGGUCUACGCGCCACAAAAAAAUGGACACAAACAACAUGGGUACGGGAAUGGGAGGACAGCUCGCCGCUGACAGAAAUGUUCUGGGCAGCAGGAUCGCCACAGCAGCCCUUGAACCAGUCUCAGUUGCUGGUUUUAAGUCUUCAAUACAAAAUGAUGUUGAUUUAGUAAAUAAUGGUCCUAUUUAUUUUUAAAUAGACCAUAAAGCAGAAGCAGAGUAUGUUUCAGGGCGGGAUUGUCUAUGAUUGACAAGUUGUUACCUUGGCGACCUGUCAAUCAGGCAAGAGCCGACUCGUACCUUCCGCCGUAUUGUCACUUCCUGGUUGCACAAACUCAACAUGGCCGCGGCCAAACUAGAGGCUUCAAAACUGCAGUCCACAAACCCAACGGGUGACGUCACAAUGACUACGUCCAUUUCUUAUAUAAAGUCUAUGGUUGGCAUUGUAGAGGUUAGAUAGCUGGGAAGUUUAAGCAUUAUAACCUUAUAGACAAAUAACAACAAGUGUCUAUUUCUCCUGAUGACCAAAGAAUCCCUCCCACCCCAGUAGGGAGUACAGUAGACAGUGCUAUGUGUUAAAAUUGGCAACCAUAACAAACCGCAAAGCAGCAUGAUAAAGUGCAUCAAGUAUAGUCAAGUUAAACAGUUUGUCCUGAUGGUCGUUACAGAAAGGUCAUAGGUCAUAAUCAAGUUCAUUUAGUGUGGUGCAUAAAGUUGAUUUUAUGUUUUAGUCUUUCCUUUAUACCAUUGGGAGAACUGGCCAGAUGGACGCAGUAAUAUAAAUGUGAGGGUGUCACUACAGUCAUUGUCAGGACAAUUUGCCUUAUAGUAGUUAAAGUAUGUUGUUAAAUCAUGUAUUGACAGACAGAUGCUCUAAGACCUUGUUCCAAAGCAGGAUAUGUAUUCUAAUCAAUGAUCAAAGGGUUAAGAUUGUCAUUGUAACUUUAGUCAACAUUACAACUUGGUUGGAAAAUGAUUUCUGUUUCUCUGUAGAAACAUUUCCUGUUUUGGCCUGUUAAUCUGUUGUGUGUGUGUACAAGGUGUG